AUGAAGAUAUGUUUUGUUGUGUUUCAGUUGCUUAUGUUCUUAUGUGUAUUUUAGGGAAAGUCACGCUAUUUCACGGGUAUUUCCCCUUCAACAUGGAAUCCCUUAGUUUAUCUGGAUUACAAUAACUUGUGGAGGACCAUGGACAAGCUGGGAAAAGAGAUUCCUACUGAAGCACCGUGGGAUGCUCCGCAUGCUGAAGAAUGGGACAAAAUGACCAUGGAAGAGCUGAUAAAUAAGAUUUGCUGGACCAAAGCUGCUAAAGAAUUUGCCACCUUCUUUGUGAAUGUCAAUGUCACAUCUGAGCCUCAUGAAGUCUCCGCUCUCUGGUUCCUGUGGUACGUGAGGCAGUGUGGGGGCACAGCCAGGAUUUUCUCUGUCACCAAUGGGGGCCAGGAGAGGAAGUUUAAAGGGGGUUCUGGUCAGAUAUCAGAGAAAAUAAUGGAACGCCUCAAAGGCAGAGUUAAACUGGAGAGACCUGUGGUCCGUAUUGAUCAGACAGGUGAUAAUGUCAUUGUGGAGACUCUAAACCAUGAGAUAUAUGAGGGCAAGUAUGUGAUCAGUGCUAUCCCUCCGAUCCUGACAACGAAGGUUCAUUACAAACCAGAACUGCCACCAAAGAGAAACCAGUUAAUUCAACGUUUGCCUAUGGGGUGUGUCAUAAAAUGCAUGGUGUACUACAGGGAAGCCUUCUGGGAGAGGAAGGGUUAUUGUGGUUCCUUCAUCAUUGAGGAUGAAGAGUCCCCAAUUGGAAUAACCCUAGAUGAUACGAAACCUGAUGGAUCUUUCCCUGCCAUUAUGGGUUUCAUCCUUACCAGAAAGGCUGUUAAACUGGCCCAUCUCAGUAAGGAAGAGAGGAAGAAGAAGAUCUGUGAGGCAUAUGCCAAGGCAAUGGGGAUGGAAGAGGCUUUACAUCCUGUGCAUUAUGAAGAAAAGAACUGGAGCAUGGAGCAAUAUUCAGGGGGUUGUUACACAGCCUACUUCCCACCAGGCAUAAUGUGUUCUUAUGGAAGGAUCAUUCGCCAGCCUAUUGACAGGAUCUACUUUGCUGGCACGGAGACAGCUACCCAAUGGAGUGGAUACAUGGAGGGGGCCGUACAGGCAGGAGAGAGAGCAGCCAGAGAGAUAUUGCACAGUAUGGGGAGGAUCUCAGAGAAUGAAAUUUGGAUGCCAGAGCCAGAGUCGAAGGAUGUCCCAGCCCAACCGUUCACCACCAGCUUCUGGGAGAGGAACCUGCCGUCCGUGCCGGGACUGCUGUGCCUGCUUACCUCUACCGUGUGUUUCACCUCUGUGGCUGCUGCGGGGCUGUUUGCCUAUAAAAAGGGACUACUAAUUCGAAACUAGUGGGGACCACACGUCCAGUGGAAGUGCAUACUCCCUCUUCUUCCCUUUUACCAGAUGAGUGUUAUUUUUGGAGAGAAGUGGCACAGACAGCUGGAAAGGGCAAAAGUUGUUCUCCUUGUGAUUUUUCUUUCUAGCACCGUAAUUAAUGCACCAAAUCUACUGCAGUUGCUACCAGCGAAACAGAAAUAAAUCAACUGUGGGGGCAUUUUUCAAAUUUGCCUUUUCCGUGUCCAUUUGUUUUGAUUGGGCAUGAUAACAUCGAUGAUAUAUUCCU